AUGGAGGGUUGGAAUGGUGGCCUCGGGUCUUCUUGGAGCUACCUCCAGGAGACUGUUGGAUCCAAGGUUAGCAGUUCCUCAGGUACCAUAGUCUCCAGACUCUCUCCUGGCUACGCAUCUAGCGGCUCUCGCCCCUCCAGUUUCUCAAUGGAGGCGGCCAUGCACUUUGACUCCUUGAGGAUCCACGGGGACGUCAACGGCCACAACGUAGAUGACUGGGAAGAAGCUGAGGAAGAAACGGGGGAGGAGCGCAUGGACCGCAUUAGAAUCCUGGUCCAGGAAUUAUUCAGUGCGCCGUCGGCGAAUUGCAGCACCAAACGCGGUGACAUGAGUGCAGUAGUGGAGAGAUGGCUCAAGGAGCUGGGCCUCGGCUGGGUUCUCAGCCACGACGAUGGUGCAUCUGCGUGGGAGGAAGAGGAACUCGAUCGUGAUUAUGCAUGGACCUGGAUCCGGGCUCUCGACCAAAUCGCGCAAACCAUCUGUUUCAUGAGGCCGCACUUUCCGGAUUGUGGCUCCGUGGGCCUGCCCGGUAUUUGUGAGGAACAAGGAAAAAUUGUUCCAAAUCAAUACCAUUUGGCGCGGUUCAUCCAAGAAACCAUGUUGAAAAUGUUGGCUUUUGUUGACGCUGUAGUUGCUUGGGAUCCCUACACGACAGAAGAAUUUCUUUCAAUGGAUUUGGUUAUGCUGCAACCAUACAGUAAGCUCAUUAACUUGCUGGAUGUGUACGACGCUCUGUCUGAAGCCUCAGACAAGAUACUAAUGAUGUUUAAUUCGCCAACAUCUGUGGAAGUACAAAGGAUAGAGAAUGAAAUGGCCAUCCUUCUGUCGGCAUAUAAGAGCAAGUUGGGUGAGGCGAUAAGGAGCAUAAUGGAGAAGAUUAGGACCAAGUUGCUAGAGGAUGGCGAUACCUCGUCAACUUCUCUAAAUCCACAAGGAUCAUCAGACAUUCACAAGGCCACUCGGUCUGUAAUGACAUAUAUCAGGUUCCUAUGGUUUAAUUACUCGUCAGUGGAUGCAGCUAUAAGUGGGAAGUGUGUAUCUCAUAUUGAAAAUGUACUACCUUUGGAUAACAUGAUCAUAGAGAUGGUGUCUUGUCUACUAGAAAAGCUUGCCAACAUAUCAGAAUCAUUUCCAGAUCAAGGUAUCAGAUUCUUAUUCUUGCUCAACAACUCAUACUUCCUCUUGAACUCCCAAUCUUCCUACCGUCUCCAACGACCCUGGCUACCUGUCGAUCUAAAUGACCAAAUCGAGGACUAUAUGGAGAGAUAUCUACAAGUAUCAUGGGCACCGUUGUUGUCAUUCUUGUUCAAUACUACGCCUCUUUGCUUGGGGAAAAACUACUCCCCGCUAUCCAAGUUCGAGUCCGAAUUUCAGAAAAUGUACACCACCCAAAAGCACUGGAAGGUCUCAGAUCCUGAGCUCAGGAGAAGGCUGCGCGAAGUUAUCACGGACAAAAUCAUCCCAGGCUAUACAGAAUACAUAGAGGAUAACAAAGUUACCAACCCAAAAUUCAGUCCCCAGGAGCUGAAAGCGAUGCUGCAAGAGCUAUUCGAAGGAUGA